AUGCAGCAGACUUGUGAAUAUGCCAACUGCACUAACCCUGUACUAACGACAUGCUUUGCUUGUUCUUGUUUACUGUGUGAUAUUCAUUUUGCGUCUGUGCUUUAUAUGCAAUCAUGUUCUGAUCAUAAAAAAAAUCCAGCCUCGCUUGCUGAUUUCGAUAUUACCGAAAUUGAGAAUGUUUCAAAUGAUUCUGAUGCAACUAUGGUCUUAUCUGACACUCGCGACUCACCCAGUAUUUUAAUGCAGAAUACAGUUUUGGAACCACAACAAGACAGUUAUUUGGCCCCAGAAGACUUUAUAGUAGAUGGCGUUUCCCGAGAGGAAGAAAGAUCGAAACCUGUUAGAAAAAAUAAAUACAAAGAAGCCAAGGUUUUGCGACACGCAGGACAAGAAUAUAUUUCGCCAUAUACAAAAAAAGUAGUUCCUGGAAGGAAGGUUGGUUCAUUAUGCAAUAAUUUAGAAAAUUGCACAAAGCAAGGCCUGUACUGUUAUCGUUUUAAUGAACAAAUACGCGAAAAUAUAUUUAUGGAUUUCUAUUCAUUAGCAGAUCUAACUUUGCAAAGAGAAUAUAUAGUGAGAUUUGUUGAAAAAAAGCCCGUAGGACGCAAAACUACUGCCACAGAAUCUCGUCGGAAGUUUACCAACUGCUUUUACUUACCAUUAAAUGACGAGAAGCAGAAGGUAUGCAAGAAAAUGUUCCUCAAUACUUUGGGAAUUUCAGAAAAGACGUUUCGCACAGCUUUGCAAAAAUUAAAGAACACCGGUGUAGUAGAAAAAGACAGAAGAGGAGGAAGGCAAGAGGUCUAUCAUGAAAGGGAUACUCAGCUGCGAUCACUCAUUACUGAACAUAUUAACAGAUUUCCGCGUGUUGAGUCUCAUUAUUGUAGAAAAAGUAGUACAAAAGAAUAUCUCCACCAUGAUUUAUCUUUGAAAAAAAAUAUAUGGUAUGUUUUUAAAGGAGUAUAA